AGCUAUUGGUUGAUUUCACGCACUGACAAUUUGAAAUCUGACUGUGUUUAGUCUUCACAGACUGAGGAGGAGCAGCUGCACAGAGAAAGGAAGACAUACAAACAUUUUGGCAUUAUUUGUUUGGAAACAAAGCAGAGUUUUUGCAAUGGAGGAUGGUGGCCAGCUGCAGUGCUGUGUGACGGUGGAGCAGCUGAAUGCCUCCGGCCAGGCCACACGGAGGCAGGUCAUCCGCAAAGCCUCUGUCAUUCUGGGCCGCAAUGAGUUCCAGGAGAUCAUCCUUCGGAUCCACGACGGAAAAGUCCCACAAAGUUACCGCCUCCGAGAGUUUAAACUGUUCACAAAGUUUGCCAGAGAAGGAAAAUGCACUGUCAAACUUCUCCCUGAAAACAUCCAGGUGCUCAUGUCCAACUGCCCCCCUGACAAACUGAACCUCUUUCUAAAAACCCUGAGCAUCAAGCACCAGGCCUGGCAGGCCAGCAAGCCUCUGAACGACAGAGAGAAGCUCAAAGCUGGUCUGCCCCGCAGCUUUGAGUCCAUCAGCCCCUUGCAGCAGAAAGACAUCCAGAAAGCCAACGAGCUGAGGAGUAAAGCUGCUCCUAAAGGCCUGACUGACUGCACCAAUAAGACAGCUGUGGCAGGGACAGGGAAGCAGGUCAAGAGGUCCAGGAGUGACACCAACUUCAGCCCAGUCAAGUCUAACCCAACUAAGAAGCCCAUCCUGUCUUUGCCAACACGAAAGCUCAAUAAAGAACAGACAGCUGUACUCAGUGCUGUGCUGAGUGGCAAGAACGUCUUCUUUACUGGAAGUGCAGGCACAGGGAAGUCCUUUUUACUGAAGAGGAUCAUGGGCUCUCUGCCACCAAAGAGCACCUAUGCAACAGCCAGCACAGGAGUGGCUGCAUGUCACAUUGGCGGGACAACGUUACACAGCUUUGCUGGUAUCGGCUCAGGUGCGGCCCCUCUGGAGCAGUGCAUUGAACUGGCUCAGAGGCCCGGUGUGCUGCAACACUGGACCAGCUGUCGACACCUCAUCAUUGAUGAGGUCUCCAUGGUGGAGGCUCAGUUCUUUGACAAGCUCGAGUCAGUGGCUAGGUCGGUGAGGAGGUCUACUGAGCCGUUUGGAGGCAUCCAGCUGAUCGUGUGCGGUGACUUCCUCCAGCUGCCUCCCGUGUCCAAGGGGAAGGAAAAGGCUAGCUUCUGCUUCCAGGCCAGGAGUUGGCGGAAGGUGAUACAGCUCAACAUGGAGCUCACAGAGGUGCGGAGGCAAACAGACCAGUCCUUCAUCUCCCUCCUUCAGGCAGUAAGGGUGGGCAGGGUGACGGAAGAAGUCACUGCUAAGCUGUUGAAGAGCGCCUACCACCACAUAGAGAAAGACGGCAUCCUUGCCACUAGGCUGUGCACACACAAGGAUGACGUGGAGCUCACAAACGAGAACAAACUCCAGCAGCUGCCAGGCUCGGUGCGUGUGUUUGAGGCCCUGGACAGUGACCCAGCCCUGGCGAAGACUAUAGACGCUCACAGCCCAGUUAACAGAGUUAUCCAACUCAAAGUGGGAGCUCAGGUCAUGCUGGCAAAGAACCUGGAUGUGGCCCGAGGUCUGGUGAACGGGGCGCGAGGGGUCGUAGUUGGUUUUGAGUCAGGAAAACACGGAGUCCCACGUGUGCGUUUCAUGUGUGGUGUCACAGAGGCGCUGAAGCCUGAGCGCUGGGUGUUUAAGUCUGGCGGUGGGAUCCACUUGAGUCGACAGCAGCUUCCACUCAAACUGGCCUGGGCCAUCUCCAUCCACAAGAGCCAGGGGAUGACACUGGACUGUGUGGAGAUCUCUCUGGCUCGUGUGUUUGAGAGUGGACAGGCGUACGUGGCUUUGUCUCGGGCUCGGAGCUUAGAGGGUCUGAGGGUGAUGGACUUUGACCCCCGCGUUGUAAGAGCGGAUCCAGACGUUCUCGUCUUCUACACCAGACUGAGGAAGGAGAGGCUGCUCUUGCAGGCCUCCAUGGAUGAUUUCAUUGGAAACAAAGAAAACUCCUGGUGAGAGGGUGAAUUCAUCAUCAUCAUCUUCUGUAACAUUGUGCACCAUGUGCAUAACUUAUCUACACAUAUUUUAUACCUCUUGGGACAGUUUGUUAAUAUUAAAUCACACUUUAAAUUUACAAUCACAACUACCUCAGUUUUCUGUAACUGGUGGUUAUACUGCCCCCAUGUGGUCAAUGCUGUUUUUUAAUUUUUUUUAAGAGCCUAUUUUUAAGAUAUUUUGUAUUUAUCAUGGUUUUUGCUUUGUAUCUGAAUAAAGUCUUAGUCAACUUA